UCGAACCUGGCCAGUGGGCGGUGGCCUCCCUCCUCCCAUGUUCCCCAGUAGUAAGUGGGCGGAGCUCCUCUCUCUCACUCUCUUCUUCUUCUUCUUCUUCUUCUUCUUCAUCUUCUUCGCUCCUCCUCGUGCAUGGGUUACUUUAUAAUGGCUUAGUAAUUAAUGCUCACUGUUACAACCUCAGCUCCCACAAUGACCAUCUCCCUCUCCGAGCUCUUCCCCCACUUCCUCCCAUCCCAGUCUCCACCUCCUCCUCCUCCUCCUCCUCCUCCCCCACGCAGGUCCAACCUCAACCCCUCCACAUUCCCGUGCAGACACGCUAUGGUGAGAACAAAAGCCUCCUCACCAACCCAUCCGAUCGCUCUCAGAGGAGCUGGUGCUGGUGCUGCUUCUGCUUCUCCUUCGAAGCCGGCCCACACGGCCGCCAUGGACCCGAAGGAGAGCCACUACACGAAGCUCCUCAACCGCAGCUACAAGGCCGGGAACUACGGCGAGUCGCUCUACUUCCUGGAGUACAUGGUGGGCAGGGGCUACAGGCCCGACGUGGUCCUCUGCACCAAGCUCAUCAAGGCCCUCUUCAGCGCCGGCCACCCGGCCAAGGCCGAGCGCGUCAUGCACCUCCUCGAGUCCCACGGCGCCCCCGACGUCUUCGCCUACAACGCCCUCGUCGCCGGCCUCUGCAAGGCCAACCGCAUCGCCUGCGCCGUCCGCGCCCUCGCCCGCAUGCGCGCCCGCCGCUGCCCUCCCGACGCCGUCACCCACAACAUCCUCAUCGGCAGCCUCUGCGCCAAGGGCAAGCUCGACCUCGCCCUCAAAGCCCUCCACGACCUGCUCGACGACGACUGCCGGCCCACCGUCGUCACCUACACCAUCCUCAUCGAAGCCACCGUCGCCCGAGGCGGCGUCGAGGAGGCGCUGAAGCUGCUCGACGAAAUGUCUCUGAGGGGCCUCCGCCCCGAUAACUACACUUACAACGCCAUCCUCAGAGGGAUGUGCAAGGAAGGGUCGCUGGACGCCGCGCGCGAGUUCUUGGACAGCUUGCCGUCGCGCGGGUGCCAGCCCGAUGUGAUUUCGUACAACGUAUUGCUCCGCGGCUUGCUGAACCGGAAGAGGUGGCACGAUGCGGAGAAGUUGCUCGACGAAAUGGUCGGGAGAGGAUGCCGGCCGAAUAACGUCACCUACAGUGUGUUGAUCAGCUCCUUGUGCCAGGAAGGAAUGGCGGAGAGGGCGAGAGAAUUGAUAAAGGACAUGAUCAAGCGAGGGCUGAAGCCCGAUACAUACUGCUUCGAUCCGCUGAUCUCGGCUUACUGCAAAGAUGGCAAAUUGGAGCUAGCAAUCGAAUUCAUGGACUACAUGAUCUCCAGCGGGUGCCUGCCCGAUAUCGUGAACUACAACACGAUUCUGUCAGCACUCUGUAAGAGAGGAAAUGCCGACCAGGCUUUAGUGGUUUUGGAGAAGCUCGGGGAGACGGGCUGCACCCCGAACGUGAGUACGUAUAACGCGAUCGUCGGCGGGCUCUGGAACAGCGGGAAUCGGACGAAGGCUCUUAAGAUGGUGUCGGAGAUGAUGGAGAAAGGAAUCGACCCCGACGAGGUUACUUACAACGUGCUAACUUCUUGCUUGUGUAGAGAUGGAAUGGUGGACGAAGCACUGGAGUUGAUGAGCGAUAUGGAGAGAAGCGGAUUCGAGCCGACGGUCAUCACGUAUAACACGGUGCUUCUCGGAUUCUGUAAAGCCCACAGGAUCGAAGCCGCGAUCGACAUAUUUGCGGAGAUGGUGGAGAGAGGAUGCGAGCCAAAUGAGACCAGUUAUAUACUUUUGGUGGAGGGGAUUGCCUAUGCUGGGCAUAGAGGAGAGGCCAUGGGAUUGGCUAGGGAGCUUGCUGCUAAAAAUGUGCUCUCGGAGGAUUCCCUCAAGAGAUUGAAUAGAACAUUUCCUAUGCUCAACUUGUACAAAGAGAUCCCACAGGAGAGAUAGAUGAUUUCUGGUUGUUUUGAACAUGGGUUUAGGGGCCACAGCACAGAACAAGUUAAAAAAUGUUUGUUAUUUGUUUCAGGA